CCAUUCCCGGCGUAGUCGAGAGAGCAGUGCGCGCUCGAAAACAAUAUUUUCAACUGGAAUUUCGUAUAUUUUAUUUGUAUUUUUUCGUUUUACGUUUAAACAUUAUCAUCAACCCGUCCGUAUAGUUAUGAGGCCGAUCGUGAUUGUCGCGGAAUACCAGUCAUCAAUGUUCGUCAACGGUGUAACAAUCAUAUUUCUGGUGUUGGAAAUCAAAUAGAGUCGUCCGGAGUCUUGUGAAAAAAAAUCUGGGCACCACAGACAACAAUAAUUCACGACUAAAACAAAAAAAAAUAUAUCAUAACAAUACAAUACCGGUCUGCUGCACUGCACUGACGAAAAAUCACGAAUUCCGACAACGAAUUCAAAAUAGUAAUUUACGCAUAAUAUCCGUUCGAAACACACUCGAAAUUGAAACUAAGUAAAUCGUUCAAGCCAUAGCCGAAAACCGUUGACCAGCGGAGAACCAUGAGGCUCUUGACGAUCGCCUGGACUUUGGUAGCCGUCACGUGGUGCUGCGACAGCGCUACCAUCUACGAACCAUUGGCUCGGGACGCUCGCUGGUAUGAUCCCAGAAUUCAAGAUUUGGAACUUUUCGACCAAAACUACUUGGAUAUCGCUACAAUGGACAAGAGGACGCCCAUGGGCGCAAUGCAAGGCGAAUCAUCGCCAAGAAGUGGACCAACUUUGUCAAUCGUCAACUCUCUAGACGUCCUCCGACAAAAGUUAAUGUAUGAAGUGGCCCGACGACACGUGAACGAGAAUCAAAAAGUGCUGUCGCAAAACCACCAGAUAUUGAAGAGCCUCGGAAAGCGGUCCUUGUAUUCUUACUUUGGAAUACCACGAAGGUUUUAAAUGGAAACCAUUUCGAUUUCGUCGGUUUAACAGCGUUAUUAUUUAUGAAUAUUUUAUUUAUUAUGCAAAAUUAUUAAUUUAUUUGUUAAAUUUACAUAAUAUCGUAGACAG